GGAUGAGCCACUGUGUGUGAGUCGAGGGUUGAGUGGUGGAGAGGGGAGGAGGACAUUACAGCAGAAGAUGGGGAGGCGCAGAAAUCGGCAUCAAUCUUCGGGCUUUGGGGCUGGUAGCGGUCGUCGCGUUAAGCUCGAUUUGUGGUCCCAGGAAGAUGUACGACGGGAGGACACCUCGGCGGCGGCGUCGGCGGCGUCGGCGAGAAACGAGGAAGUUGUAGAUGGCGUGUCUUGGGCCGUUGACGCAGGUGAUCCUCCAGAGGUCGGAGUACAGCCCCGCAGCAGCCACGAGAUCGACGGCUGUCGUUCGUCAGAGCAAGCGGUUCUGGCGAACCCUUUGGCUCUGCUAGGUCAGUACAGUGAUGACGGUGAAUCGGAGGAGGAGGAGGAGGAUGGGUACGGCAAGGCGCCUCUUGCAGGCGCCGUUCCGGUGUCCACGGCUAUGGAAGAUGUGCGACCAUUAUCUGCUACAUCAGCUGGCGAGCAAUAUGAGCGAAGCCCGGAGAAAGAUGCUGCCACCAAUCAAGUGGAUGACAAGGUGUUGAAGUUUCUGGCUGAGCUGGAGAGCAGCGGGCUACUGAAGGAUGAUGAUGAUGAUGACAGAGUUGGCUGGAGAGCUGAAGAGCACACCAAGUCAGGAAGCAUGCAAGGCGAAGGCAAGGAGAAUGGAAAAGCUUGUGUCCUGCAGACACAUGUUCCUUUGGAUGCUAGGGGUGCGGAACAACAUGGAGGAGCAUCCCUUCGUAGUAAUGAGGCGGAGGGGAUUCCCAUGAAUACAGAAUGUGGUCGUGGUGGUGAUGGACUGGGGGAUGGGGGCUCGCCUGCAGGUGCGGCUUGGGGAGAGGAGGAUGUGGCCGAUGGGGAUGAGCUGGAAUCAGGAUGGAGAGCAGCCUUGGAUAAGGCGACUGGGCUGUACUACUACUGGAAUACCGAAACGGGAGAGACGACAUGGGAGCGACCCUCGAAGAAAAAAAAGAGGAAGAAGAAGAAGAAGAAGAGAGCCGCUGAAAUGGAGAGUGUCAGGGAGGAGGCCAUCAAGGAGGAGACGAUCAGGGAGGAGGCCAUGAGGGAGGAGGCCAUGAGGGAGGAGACAAUUAGGGAGGAGACCAUCACGGAGGAGAACACCGGGCAGGUCACUAUGCGGGAGGUUGUCAAGGAGGAGAGCAGGAUGGGAGAGAGCAUCAGGGAUGCUGGAGAAGCAGUAGCAAGAGACACUGAUGCCCAAGCUAUUGAGGAGGAGGAAGGGGAGGAUGCCUCUAAGAUGAGUGAGGAGGCUGAAGGUGUCAUGAGCGGUGCUGAUGCUGUUGAAAGUAAAGGUGACCAAACCGCUGAUGCGGGGGUAGAGAAAGUGGAUGCGGAGGAUGACGGUCUAGGGGUUCUGCAGGGUAAUGGGAAGGAGGAGGUGGUCUCAGCUGGUACCCCAGAGAACACAAGUGAAAACAAGCCAAGGAACGCAGAGAUGGUAGAGGCAACGCACUACGAGGAAGGAAAGACAGACGUGGACAUUGCUGCGAAUGUCAGUACGCCCGGGGAUGUUGAUGCUGUUGUGGCCGAAGAAGAGGAAGUGAUGGAAAUGCUGGAGACGGUGGAAAAUGAGGUGGACAGGGGAGCCAAGGUUGGGGCUGAAGUCGAGAUGGAUACAGAACUGGCGGAAGAGGCGAUGGAAGAGGCGGUGGGAGAAGCUGGAGGAAGGGAAGAAAUAGAACCUUUACACGAGGAAAUGAAGCCAACAGACCAGGAUGGCAUAGUUGCCGAGCAAGAGGGUCACGCAGAACAAGCACGUGAAAAGGAUGUUGCGGAUACAGGCAUGGGUGCUAUUGUCGAAUCUGACGGGAACACUGAGAGCGAGCAGAUUGAAACCAACUGGGGCGAUGAUGUUGCUGGGAAAUGGCCGUUGUUGGCUGCCUGGGGCUCGCUUUUGCUGGAACGUUUGCAGAAGCUUGCUGGGUCGGCAUUGGAGAAAUUGCCAUUGUGUGUUCGGCUUGCCUUGGAGGCAGAGGUCAGAAUGGGGGAUUGCGACGUCUUUGCAAAGAGUGAUGCCGGGGUCGAGUUUGGUCGAAUGUUUCAGGCUCACCAUGAACGGCGCCUUCAGGAGUUGGAGAGGGCUCUUGUGGAAGAGGAGGCAAAGGCUGCUCGGGAACAAGAACUGAGGGCUCAGGAGGACAUUGAGCGGAAGAGAGAAGCCAGAGCUGAUGAACAUGAGGAGAGGAAGGAAAAACCGAAAAGAAAUGAGAGGCACCCAAUGGUUCUUACGGAGCAGAGGAAUGCGAUAGCAAGCAAUGCUGUGGAGGAGAGAGAAGCGGGGGUGGAUCAGCUGGGGGGGGAUGAAGAAGCAAGGGUUGAUCUAGCGGUUCCAGAUGAUGAAAGGAGAGCUGAUCAAGAUCAUACGGAUGCGGAAGCAAAGGCCGAGCAAGGUGACAUAGAGAGGAAAGAAAGGGAAGAACGAUUUUGUCAAGAACGAGAAAUAAGGCAGGCAAGGUCUCCUAAGGAGAGUGAGGAUGGGGCUGUGAGGGCUGCCUCAAAGCAGGAACGGGUGGAGUCAGUGGCUGAUGAACUGCAUCCUCAGGAGGUCAGGGCCGUUGAAGAACCGGAGGAUAAGCAAGCUGGGAUGGGAGCACAUCGAGAUGGGAGGGACACCGUUCCGCUUGGAGCCCAGGAACGGGAGGAGGAGUCUCAGCACAAGGCACACCAGGAUCUGAGAGACACCAUUCCUUUUGAAGUGAAGGAACCGGGCGGGAAAUCACAGCACAAGGCAUGCGAGAGCCCUGAGGACGGGAGAGGUUUAGCCUGUCUGAAGGAAGUAAGCUCCAGAGAGGCAGAAGCAGUGCAGGAGCACCGGCGCGACGACAGGGAGGAGGGUGAAAUUUCGAGUUCAUCUGAUGAAGGUGCUGCAGAGCAAGUGCCACGGGAACAGUUGGAAGUCGAUGAUAACAUGGAUGUAACUGGCGACGAGGAGCAUUCGGCAGCUCAUGCGAUUGGCUGGGCAGGGUUGGCAGCAAGUGAAGGAGAUCGUUGGAAAUCAGAGAGGGGUUGCACUGUUUCAGGAGCAGGUGUGGAUGCGGGUGUUCAGUUUCCACUGGGUUGGCAGACGUUUGAACACCCCGAGCCUCCCAGAAGUCCUCAUCCUUUGUGCAUUCCUCCACCCCCCCCUUCGGAGGACAAUUGGGUUCCGCCUCCACCGCCAGAGCAUGAUUUUGAUGCCACUCCUGAGGUCCCACCUUUCCCACCACCUGUGCCAAUGGAAGAUGACGACAGUGGCCUGGAUGUGAUACCUGAGCCGCCACCCGAUCCACCUGCUGAUUCACCUUUGGGAUCACCGGUACCAGCACCCCCAGAAUCACCGGAACAUAUGAUGAUCAGUGCCCCACCAGCCGAUGCAGUGGCACCUAUGCUACCUCCUGUUGAGAUCGCACCAUGCACACCUCUUUUUCCCAUUGUGAACCCUGUGGUGGACCACUUGUUGCCGUCUGUUCAUGUACCAACAGCUCAGCUUAUUCCUGGUGCUCCUGCUGUACUGCAGCAAAUGCUGCCCCAUAGCCCGAUGGUUGGUCAUCUGAUGACCUCCUCAGAGCUUGCAGCUCAUCAUCUGGUGCCAGGUUCUAUAAUUGUGCCAGAUCAUCUCAAUGCCGUGGCAGCAGUUGGGUCGGCCCUCACAGAUGACCUGUCUUUGAUGCCUGAACAAGGGGUUAGCGGGAGUGCACUGACAGGGGAGCAUGCCUCUGCAGGCCUAUUAGUGAUGCCGGAGCACUUGGUUGGGGGUUGCACUCUUACAGCAGAGCAUCCGUUGCCUGGCGCUCCCACCACUUUCCGACAUCUUUCCCCUGCUCCUGGCUUGACUUUGAAUUCUGAGCAACUUUUGGCGGGCGCAACUGCUCAUGAACUCUUCGAGAGCUACCCCACACCAGUGCUGAUGCAAGUACUGCCAGAGACAUUGCCCACAGUUGACGGUCCGAUGCCUGCUCUGCAUGUGCCGUCAAGAAGUCAAGCGGAUGUGGCGUCUUUGUCCACACUGAUGCCAGAGCAUGCUCACAUUCCGACGAUAGCAGUGGACCCUCUUGGUUUGCCAACAGCUGUUGAAUAUCAUCAUGGAAUUCCCUCACCAGUCACAGUUCCAGAGGAAGCCACUGGCACUCCACCAGCAUCCGCUGGGAGUUCGGAAGUGCCAGUGGGACCUGAUAAUCUGGUUUCAAUUGCAGUACCAGUGGACACACAGGCAGUACUAGGGCAAAUCUCUACCCCAGAGCCUUUAGUGACUUAUGGCGUGUUACCUAGUGAGCAUGGGCAAGCCCCUGACCAAACAUAUACAACGGAGGCAACCAUAGGGGGGGCGGAACUUCUAGACCACACAUCUUCAGCCAGCGAUCAUCUUUUCCCCGUCUCCACUGUGGAGCAGGAAGGACCUGGGUUGAGUACAGUGCCCGACAAUGGUGUGGGCGGAGUGGCAGAUGAUGCACCAUCUAAUCUUGGUUUAGCUCAUGAGCCUGCUGAUGCUGUCCCAGCAUCGUUGGCUGAUAACGGUUUUGUUGGGCAAGUGCCAGAAUAUUCAGAGUAUGUGACGGAUUGGUCCAGGCCCGAGCACGAAGAGCAACGCCAUUCAGACAGCUUGCAGCAACUGGAAGUCACGUUAGCAAGCACCCCACCUGCCACCAGAGAGGACAAUGUGGACAAUGUAUCUGCGGCUGUAGGAGCAACGGAGGCCAAAGUCAAGGAUUUUGUUUUCUGUGCACCUGCAACAGGAAGGUCUGCUCUUCGGGUGACCACGUCUACGUCUGUGGGUGUGCAAACUGCACCAGCUGUUGCUUCUUCUGGGCUAACCGUCUCUGUGGGGAAGCCCAAGAAGUCCGAUAAAGUUAAAUCUAAGAAGAGAAGCCAUGCUACAAUCCUUGGGAGCGGAGCUUCAUAUGCCAACAAGAAGGUGUCAUCUCUACUAAGCAAGUGGCAGGCGGCGAAGGAGGAGAUGAUGCAGAGGGAAGAUGAGGUCAGUGAUGAGGAGAGAGCUUUGUAUGAUCCGGAUGCAUUGGAGCGAAAGAGAGAGAAGGAAAUUGAGGAAUGGAGACGACAGCAGCUGGCUAGUGGGGAGGCUCUGGAGAACUCCAAUUUCCAGCCUCUUGGGGGUGUGCUUGACUGGAGGGAGAGAGUGAAGAGAGCACGGAAAGCAGCGGAGGAGGAAGCAGAGCCUGCUCAAAAUGUCCCAACAGAGGACAAUUCUACAGAGGAGGACGGGACACAGGCGAUUGAGGAAACGAAACAGCAGCCAGAUUUGACAGCAUUGUCGCAGGGUCUUCCAGAAGGCUGGGAGGCCUAUUGGGACGGGGCUUCUCAAGAGGUAUACUAUGGCAAUAUCGUGACAAGGGAAACGUCAUGGGAAAGGCCGUGCUGAAGAGUGUUUUUUUAUUUUUUAUUUUUUUCUUAAAGUGCCCUUGCGAAAAUUACUGCGGUGGUUUUUAUUGUUGCAUAAGAGAUGUAUUAGACAGGAAUUCUGGUAGGCUUUUUUUUUUUUUUCUUCUUCGAGUUCUUCCUGUCCACAUUUGUGUGAUAUUAUGACCACCAUCUUUUUUCCUGUUCUGUGACGUCUUCAAAUGAAUGUAAGGUGGGGAAAAUGUGUUUCGGACCUCCACUUCUCUGCUGCUCCUCCUGACUGACCCAUCUUCUUAGUUCUGUUUCAUAUUUACUGUGUGGUCUAGUGUGGUGUGAACUUGCAUGACUGGCCGUCUUCUUAGUUCUGUUUCUCUUCUUGCCGUGCAUGCAACUGCGUCAUCGUACCUAUCUUGAUGUUGAAUCACUUGCAGCUUAGGAAUAG